AACAGUGAUCAUGAAGAAACCUGUGAAAAAAUGUGUACACUCAGAUGUCAUGUGAACCUUUUUAAAGCUAUUUAUUCAUUAUAGAUCAUCUCCAACUAUAUGCCUAGCUAUACCGCUCCAAAUUUAAUCCACUCACGAUUUUAUCUACCAAAUUAAUAUCUUUUUGAUGGUAAAAGGCUGAAUUAACCCUCCAAAAUUAUGCUCCAAUUUCUCUUCUUCCAUGCAAGGGUCAUCCCAUGAAAGAUCUCUCCUUCUUUCUGUUGAAGAACUCGAUUGGGGCCAAGAUGAAGAAAGGAAUCAGAAAUUUUUGCAAUGGUGAUGGCUCGACCUCGACUCUGAACCAACACCAGGCUGAACCUGGUGGUGUUAUUACUUCCUCUGACUUGGUCACCCCACCAUCCGUUGUUGCCUCCAAUACUAAUUCCACCGCCCAAAGCCCUCCAACAACGUUGGAGGAGAUGAUAUUAAGGUUAGAGUUAGAAGAAGAGCUUGCCAGAAAAGCAAAGCUCAAUGAAUAUAGUGAGAUUCGAGGUAGGAGGAUGUCGUGUGUUAACAAUUCUGAUAUCCUGCGAUCUGCCAGGAAUGCUUUGAAUCAGUAUCCUCGGUUUUCCCUUGAUGGAAAAGAUGCCAUGUAUCGAUCGUCGUUUAGAAACUCUGAAAUGGCUGGAAGGAAGUCGGUUUGCUGUGAUCAUGAAUUGAGAGACAGGUACUGCAAAAUUGAGUUUGAAUCAAGAUUAGGGUUGCCAACAACUUUGGGUGGGGAGAGUGUGAUUUGGUGCAAACCAGGUGUGGUGGCCAAGUUGAUGGGUUUAGAGUCCAUGCCAGUGGCAGUAAAUACGAGCCAGGAUAGUAAACAAAAACUCAGUUCCAUGUUAAAGAAACAAAACCAUAGGAAGAGAGCCGAAAGACAUGAAAUGGAGAGAAGACUUGCCAUGGACAUGAGCAAUAAUUAUGAUGAUUUCGGGAGAGAGAGGAAUAUGGGUUCCUCUUCAAGAGCAGGAUACCGUGUAACGAAGCCAGUUGUUGUAGAGCCAGCGUCGACUGGUGACGGUGGAUGGCCAACCCGACGUUUUCUUUAGGUUAAUUAUGGCACAAAUAAACCGAACAGUAAUUAGGGUAUCAAAUCUUGCUACUUCACUUCUAUUUGUUAACAAUAUUGCCGCAUUUACGACAUGUUUUGUAGAAACGUCACAUUGCAAUAAUCCCUUUAUUUUUCUUUCUUAUAGGUAAAGCAAAAUAUAUCCUUUCCAUGAUAGUGGCCUAAUGGUAAAAUAUUGAAUUUU